AUGAGCAUCAGGCCGGAGGCCCUGAGGGAGGAGGGCGACGCCGGGGACAGGGGACGGGAGGCAGAGCUGCGGGGUCGAGCCCAGCUUAGCCAGCAGCGCCGGCUCAGACAGGCCACCCAGUUCCUGCACAAGGACUCAGCCGACCUGCUCCCCCUGGACGGCCUCAAGAGGCUCGGCACCUCCAAGGACUGGCAGCAGCCACACAGCGUGCUCCAGAGGCGCCUGGUGGAGGGAAGCGCGAGUCGGCCUCAGGGGGAGUCUACCCCGGUGCAGGCCCCGAUCCAUGGCCAGGAGAGCAGAAGGAGGACCAGCAAGACUGAGAGGCCAGCUCUUCUGGUCAAUUGCAAGUGCCGGGACCAGGUGCUUCGGGUGGCCGUGGACACGGGCACCCACUACAAUCAGAUCUCCGCUGGAUGCCUCAGCCGCCUGGGGUUAGGGAAGAGGGUCCUAAAAGCCCCAGGUGGGGACCUGGCACCUGGGCCCCCGGCCUGGGUGGAGCAGCUGGAGCUACAGCUGGGCCAGGCGACCGUGGCAUGCUCGGCCCAGGUGGUGGAUGUGGAGAGCCCUGAACUCUGCCUUGGCCUGCAGACCCUGCUCUCUCUCAAGUGCUGCAUCGAUCUGGAGCACCACGUGCUGCGGCUGAAAGCCCCUUUCCCUGAGCUGCCCUUCCUGCCUUUGCACCAAGAGCCCGGCCAGUGACUGCUGCCCCAGUCACCAGGGGGAAGUUCCUCGCCUGAGGGGAAGAGCCUCAGGGGGGAGGGGACAUGCUAGAGCCCCCUGUCUGUCCCUCUUGUCACCACCCUGACCCCGCUGUUCCAUUUCCCGGUCGGCCACACUCUUCUGCUUCUCAACACCUGCCCCAGCCCCCAGGAGGUGUUCCCUAGAGAUGGCCCGUGACCUCAGGGUGGUUUCCUGUCUUCUCUCAUCACCCCCGCCCCAAGAAGAGCAGAACCAAAUCAGGACUGCAGAAAAGCACAUCAGCAAAGUGGGGUCCUGAGUCCCAGACUGCAGCCUGUUGCUGGCUCCUGCCUGC